AUGAACGAUAUGUGUAACCGCGUCUUUAAGUCAUGUCCUAGAAAAGAAACGGGUAUAUGCUCACUUAUAGGUAAAUCGGCAGAUUCCAUCGACGUUUUUACCGGCAGCAACUCAGACAAGUCGUACUCACAAAAUUUUACAAUAAGAUACGAUGAAGUGCUCAAGUGCUUUCGUAUGCACAAUGUUGAAACAUCUCCCCUCUUUCCUGAAUGUGCUGAGCAAGUGGUUGAUGUGUUUUGCCUCCUUUUUUGGCUUUUUCUGAUCGGCUUGCUCGUUUAUUUCCUGUUAUUCGAGAAGAACAGAGCAUUUCUGUUUAGCGUUCCCUACAACGUUUAUUAUCUCUGCAAAAAAGCAGUUUGUGGCCACACGCACAAGCACAAACGAAAAAAGCAGCGACAAUCGGUUAAGCAACAAAACGACGAAAGGAACAAAGAGUACGUGGAAAUGGCAGUGAAAGAGUCUCAUAGGACAAAGAACAUACCAAAAGAUACCAUUGUGACCUUAAACGAUCUCGACUAA